GCGAAGGGAGUAUACAAAAUCUAAAGAUAAAAUUGUGAGAUGUUUACCAGUAAGUUGACUGUGUACUAAUCCAGCUUCGCAUCGGUGAAGGCAACUAGUCAUAGAUUAGAGUAUAGAGAAGUAGUUUUUGAUAAGUAUUUUCGUAGACAAGCUGCUGCGCGAAAUAAUUUCACUGGCAUGAAUGGAUGUAGUACAAAAUUAUGAGCACAGUGGCAUUCUAAAAUUCUAAGAUCCAUUCAUUAGCAGUUAUUUUCAGCAUGCCAAACAGCAGUGAAAGUGAUGAAUCUACCUUUGACCCACGGGCUGGUUUACGGAAGCCUAUUUUGUCAGCCUGUGAUGAAUCAAUUGCCCCAACAUGUUCAUCGCACCUGUCAAGCAUUUCUCAAAAGCCAAAAUCUGCAAAACUGUCCUUGUCCCUGCGGAAAAGGCAGGCUGGCACAUCUUUUGGUAGAGAAGAUGAAUCUUUGCAGAUAGGGAAUCCAAAUUCUAAUAGGCAAAAUAGCUUAUUAGAGUCUCCAUCUAAAAAGAAGUUUAAAACAUCAAGAUUUGAUCAUUCACAUGCUGAUUUUAGCUUUUCUUCUGACGACGACAUACCACUUAGCCAAAAAGUGCCUAAAACAAUUUAUAGACGAUCAGACAAGUUAGACGCCUCAUUGUCUUCUGGUAGACCAAGCCAAGAAGUUGUCCCGUCAUCCUCUGUUUUGCUCUCUCCAAUAAAAUGUCGCCAAGGAACACGAUGCCAAAACAAUAGCCAAGCCCAUUUCACAGCUUAUAUUCAUGUGGACAGCAGUCCAAGUGUGGAAAGUCUUGCUUCUACUGUGGUCUCUUUGGGAAUCCCGGAAAGUGAUCACAUCGGUGAACUGGAUGAUAGAGUUAAAGCUGCAGACAUCCAACCAAAACCUGCCGAUGAAUCUAAGCUUAACGUUCCACCCAGACAACUAAGUAGUUUUUCCGCAAACAGCUCAACAAAAGAGGAUUUUAUCCAACACUGGGUCGACUCUUGUGAAAUAGAAGCCUUUGACAACAUCAGUGACGACUCGGAAACUCAACCCUUGCCGGAAAUGGUACCUGACCCUCUUGCCUCACCACCAGAUAUAUCAGCAGAAAAUCACGAAAAGGAAGAGAUCUCAUUACAAAACGAACCAAUUUGUCAACCCAUAACAUGCACAUCUUUAGAAAGCCACCAGAUUACACCGUCUCGUGGAAUGGUUACCCCAUUAAAAAGAAGACAAUCGUCGGCUGUCAAACAGUCAACAAAUAGCAGCAAGCAAUCGGAAAUCACAGCGUUUUUCACGCCGUGCAACACUACGCCGGCAAAAUUAAACACGGUGGUCGAUAUAUCGCAAGUCCAGAGCCACACCGCCAUCAGCGAGCUCAACACAACAUUAACCAAUGAAUGUGAGUUCCAACCACAGCCAAGUGUGAUGGCUGUUGAUGAACUGGAAGUCACAGUUGUCAAGAAAGGCACGUCAACUUCAGGCCUGUUAUGUAAUGCUAAAGAGCAAUGGUCUUACAUCAUGUCGCGAAUGAAAAUGAGAGGAACGGCCACUAAUCUUCGACGUGAAAUAAAGCAGACAGAAAAGGAGAAAGUCCUCCAAGAGCCCAAACAUACGAAACCCACAGUUGAGGCUGGGCCUAGUACAACAGAUCGUAAAUGUCCGUUUUACAAAAGGAUACCUGGCACAGGUUUCGCUGUAGAUGCUUUUUGCUAUGGCACAGUGGCUGGAGUGUCUUCUUAUUUUCUGAGCCACUUUCACUACGACCAUUAUCGCGGACUUGGAAAAUGGUUAAAGAAACCGCUCUAUUGCAGCCAGGUGACGGCCAAUUUAAUCAACAUGAAAAUGAAACUGGAUCCCGGUAUCAUUCGAGUUCUCCCAUUGAAGGAAUCGCGCACAAUCGAAAAUAUUGAAGUCAUCCUCAUUGAUGCCAACCAUUGCCCAGGUUCAGUCAUGUUUUUGUUCCGAUUCCCGACAGGCAAAGUUGUUUUGCACGUCGGAGAUUUCCGUGCUCAUCCUAAUAUGGAGAGAUUAUACGAACUCAAACAGCGACCGAUAGACGAGCUUUAUUUGGACACGACCUACUGUGAUGAACACUACGAGUUGCCCGCUCAAGAGGAGGUACUGUCCUACAUUCGACGGCUAGUCCGUCGUUACGCGAAUAAGCACCCAAAGCUUUUAGUCGUCAGUGGAACAUACACGAUUGGGAAAGAAAAAGUGUUCAUGACGGCCGCCGAGGAAUUGAAUAGCAAAGUAUGGGCUCCAACUGAGAAGCGGAGAAUCUUAAAGUGCCUCGAAGACUUGGAAAUUUCAAACCGCCUAUCAGACAAUCCCCUCGAAGCGGGCGUUCACGUUGUCAAUAUGGGGGAUAUUAAGCCGGCAAAUUUGAAACAGUAUUUGGACAAUCUGCAAGGAUCUUUCACUCACAUCUUGGCGCUUAAUCCGACAGGAUGGGAGUACGACGGUCGGAUGGCUAUAAAAGGCCUAGAUGCUAUUCAGCCGAAAACUUAUCACGGAUCAAUUUUUAUUCACGGAGUACCUUAUAGCGAGCACUCGGGUUUUAGUGAGAUGAAGCGCUUCGUUCGUUUUUUCCGCCCACGAAAGAUCAUUCCAACUGUUAACGUAGGUUCAGCUGCACAGCGACAUAAGAUGGAAACCAUUUUUACUGAAUGGCUUGGCCACUCUGCGCGUUACUAAUGAUUGCGGCUCACUACAUUAUUAUGUCAGGUUUUUUACGAAUUAUUUCGUUUGUUUUCGUGAUCGUU